UCGAUGUUUAGAAUUACCGACGAAGACUUCCGACAUGAGUAAAUCGAGUUUUAACUUUCGAGUUUUGUCGCGAUUGCAUUAGUAAUUAAACUUAUUGAUAACAAUUAAUGCUCGAAAAACAUAAAGUCCUUAUUUAAAUAACCUAUAGUUAAAAUGGAAUCGGUUAUCUAAUGUAACUUAUAAAGUGUAGUGAGUAAUGUGUAAUCCCGUUGUACUUUUAAACAUCUGUUUACUGUUAUCGUUGUUUUGCUAAGAAACAAGUCUCUGUCAUAGAGGGACAAGUGUUUCGGUUGUUUGAAAAGAAAGUUAACAUAAGCACAUUUCCUCCGCGCGUAAGUUUGUAAAUAAAGAAAAUAUGGUGGUUUAAAAUAAACUUAAAAAUAAUACAGAAGUAAAGUUGUUGUUGUUUUCAAAGUUAAAAAUGUAUUCCGUUGUUUGAAAUAAUGUUAUCACAGCCCAAAAAUAGAGUUCAAGCUAUUAAAAGUAAAUUUGAGAGUUUACAGUCUGAAAACGAAUCUUUAGUCGUUAAGAAAAACGUGUCUCAUUUGGGUAAAUAUACUCAAAAACACAAUGUGAAUAUUGGUGUUGUAGACUCAAAUAAUAAGGAAAACAAAGACGAAGAAAAAAGUUUGAAUGUUAAUUCAGACUUAAGUGAUUUGAAUGAAGAUUGGUCUCUCAAACCAAAUUCAAGUUAUUUAUAUAGUCAACCAGACACAAAAAUUUGUAAUGAUACAAAAAUAACACUGUCGCGUCAAUCAAGUGAUCCCGGCAAGAAAUUACAUAGAAGUCAUGCUUUCCGCUGUGACCGAAAUCAAAUUAUAACACAGCCUAAACGUUAUGGUAGCUGCAAUGGACGAUCAGAAACCAGUGAUUUCUCAUUGAAACGCCAUGAUAAAACACUCUCCAAAGAUCGUUUGAAACAAUUAGGAAAUUUUAUAGAAGAUCAAAUGAGGAAAGAAGGCUACAUGGCUUCCAACUCUGCCAUUGUUGGUCAUGUUGAUUCUGUACCAGACUGUGAUGUACCUAAACAUAUAUUAGACCAAUAUGCUAAAGUUGAUAAAAGUAACAAAGCUGAAAAACAAGAUUCCCUAACCGAUAGUGGGGUGAGCUCAGAAACAGAAAAUAUAGAUGAUGAAAAAAAUAAAAUUAGAAAACUAGUUACUCAAUAUGAAAAAAUUGAUGAUAAAGAAAAACUCUUUUUGGAGAAACAGAAAUCCAGGGACAGUAAAGGAUUGAAAAAUAAAGAUUACUUUAAUAUUAACGAAAAUAAACAUCUUAGUCAGUUUUUUGAGACCAGUGAUAAAGAAACUUCCCCAAUUGAAAACUUAAAUAAUACACAACAUAAUUUUCAAAAUAAAGAAGAAAUUAAAACCUUAUUUGACAGUGAAACUAAAAUAUCAAACCAAUUGGAAAAUGUCAAUUCUAAUUCAAAUCUGGCUUCAAUGGAUGACCUUUGUGGAUCUAGUGAAACCAUGCGUUUGGAACGAAAAAACCCACAUUUAGUGCUCACAGAUACAUUGAAAAAGGCUUUAAAACAGCCUUUACCCACUGGACCACCACCUAAAAAACCACCUAGAGUUUUUCAUGAAGAAAAGCCUAAAAAGGACACAAAAAAAAUGCUUGAAAAACUAGAGCAGGUAUUGCAAAAACGAGAGGCAAAUCAAAGUAAAAUCUAUGACAUUGCUGAAGAAUCAGAAAAAAUUGAAAAACCUAAAAAAGAGAUGCAUUAUCUCUGUACUGAAAUAUUAAACAUCCCAAACCAAACAACGGAUCCCUUUAUAAAGUGUUUAAAUUCUUUAAAUUGUGCCAUUAUGACAAAUAAUUCAACUUUAAGUCUGCCAUAUACUAGAUUGAACGAAUGUAUGUGUGAUAAACGUUUGAGUACAUUUAAAAACGAUUUUGAAGGAAAGAAGUGUCCAAAGUGCCAAUCAAAUGAUGAUAAAGACGGAUUUAAGUGUCAUUUGAACUGUAAGUGUAAAGUGUUAAAUUCAGAGUUUUAUGUGCCAAGAGAACAUAUCUAUGAUGUACCAUUUGUUGAGAAAAGUGAAUAUGGAUCAUUGAAUAAAGGCAGCCGGAGUAUGGAAGACUUAAGACUUAUUGGGGAUCCGAAAAUCUACGACGAACCAUGUGACAUAUCACGUCCAGCGACACCAGAAGCGAAAUCCGAUUUUCAAAAGCUGAAAGAGAACUUUGAGACCCAUCUCACUGAAAAGCCGAAGGUUGCGAAAAAGCCGCUCAAGGUGUGGAAGUCAACGGAAAAUGUAUCUGAAGAGUUUAAGUUUUCAAAGAAAGUAUGUUCUGAUAAUAAAUUUGCGACGGAGACGAAGAGAUAUCGUCGGUUUGAUAAGGAGAGAUUUAGUCUGCCCAAAACUGACAAACAACUCGAUGUGGAUAGAGAGAACCUAAAUCGCCUAAUGUCAGAGAUUUACGAGACGGUCACGGCUGCCUGCAAUAUGGACGAACACAAACCCGGCAGCUUCCCAACUGAACUGUCAGAUAAUACUAGCGAAGAAUCUGUCAAACUAACCCGCAGCCUAACAGAGAAGCGUAAAAAUUACGUGCGUCGUGUCUCCUCCCGCGUGGCUUACAUCGACCAAAAUGUCAAGACCCGUUUUCGUCACCAGACAUCUGUUUGUUCAUACAAAUCAGAUUUAGACACGUACUCCACUUUCCGCUCGUGGAAGAGUUUUAGAACGUCACAAAAUAAUUUAGCCAAAAUGACGGUAGACACAGAUAUGCCAGAUGCAGGUGAUAACUUGAGUAUAGAUGAGAAAACUGGCUGCGUCGAUUUGGCUCUGCCCUUCGAGGCAAGGGAGAGAGGAUUAUUCAAUGUUUGCCUGCUUGUUGGGUUGAAUUAUAUGACCGGGCAGGCGUAUGUGAAGAGUGUGUUUCCUAGUCAGGUCCAAGUCCCUCCACAUAUAGAAAACCUAAUUUUCCCAGAAACACUAAGUGGCUCUUUAGGGGAGUGGUCGGCAGAGAGGGACGCCCAAUGUUAUUCGCUGGUGCUCACUGAUGAGAAAGGAGAACGGGCUUAUGGUUAUUGCCGCCGAGUGUUACCAGAGGGCGCCACAACGUGUCUUCCCUUAGGAUACUGUCUCAUUGGGAAAUAUAGAGCCCCUGGAUUCUAUUAUAAGAUUCUUCAAGAAAUCGAAUCGCAUCAUGGCAACCCCGAGAUUGAGCUAAACCAGGUGCUACAACAAUUGUUCGAAACCGAUUUUCCAAAUCCUGGCGAACAGAUAACCAUAACAUACAAUAGGACAGAAAAGGGGACCGUAAAGAAUACUCAAAAUAUUUUCAAAAAUAGAACCUUACCAAGAAAGGGUGAGGUCUCAAUAAAUAUUAGCGUUAAAACUGAGUCUGUAUCCGAUGAUACGAGUGCGGCGGAAUGUAUUGAGAAGGAGAAAGAGAAGGAGAUUGUAGUAGAUAAGGAGAGUUUGGAGAAACAUGAGUUGCCGGAGUUUUAUGAUUUGGAGAAUAAUAACAGUCCGAAAAGAGUUAUGAUUUGUCUUGAGAGUCCAAGAACGCGAACAAUAAAGCGACCCAUAGAACCACGGGCUGAUGAAGACAAUAUGUCGUUGUUAGUUGACCAGCUGGGACCAGGGCUCCUUAUCAAGGUGUUUGGUACAUUACUACUGGAAAGGAAAGUCAUUAUUGUCAGUGAUCAUCUUGGCAUCGUUUCCUCGUGUAUGGAGGCCCUACAAAGCGCUCUUUACCCCUUCGUGUGGCAACAGCCUUUAAUAUCCACCAUACCAGCUGAAAUCCAUCGAGACGUUUUAGAGGCACCUUUGCCCAUACUCGCUGGGAUGAUGAAAUCACACGAUUUUGAUACAAAUGUGCUUUUUGAGGAGGGCAUGUUAAUAGACUUAACCAACCCAAACAAAGUAGUAUUUUAUCAAGGAGACGAAUCUACUAUUCUACCGACACAUUGCUAUAAAACUCUCAAAACAUCACUAAACAUGGAGACAAACAAACAAAAAGAGAGACAGGAUACUAAAACGAGAAAUGUCAUGAUAUCUGAGGCGUUUUUACGGUUUUUCGUCGAUAUUUUGGGAGAAUUUUCUAAUUUUUUCACUGAAAGAGAACUAAAGGAUGGCGAGUUGGGAAAGGAUGGUGUUGUUUUUGAUAAAGAAGCAUUUAUCAAACAAACAUCGUCGAAACAGAACCAAUUCUUCUUAGAGUGGUUUACUGAAACCGCCAUGUUCACACAUUUUAUUCAAAACAUGGCAGUCUUCCACAAAAAACCAACGGAUAACGACUCGUUACUGGUGGACACACCUCUACCGAACUUUUAUGAACUUUUUAACGAGCGAGUGAAAAGUAGGAACCGUGCUAGUUCGAAAAUAAGUGAGAAAAACUAUAAAAGUGCAGUGAACAAGAAAGUUAAACUCUUAAAGACAAAGUUGAGAGAUUUAGUUGCGUAAUAAAACUGUAUCUUAGCCUCUGCGGUUAAAGUGCGGGUUUUAACCGCCUAAGUACUUGUUUUUACCGCGAGUGACUUGUGACUGAAGAUAAGAUUGAUUCAAGUCCAUAUUAAGAAUGGCUGGCAAUUUCGUAAUUACAAUAUGUUCAAGCAGAGAGAAAUCGUGGUUAAUUCCAAACGGAAUACAAACAGCCUCGUGGAAUUUCUGAAGCGUAAUUUGUGUAUUUGGUUGUGUACUAAAUAUAAUAUUUAGUAUUAAAUGUGAGAGAUUUUAAAGCCAUCACAAUUUUUCUAUACAUAAGUUUUAAAUCCAUAUUGUAAUUGCAAACCAUACAUUAUCUUUAGGUAAUUUAUUUAAUAACACGUUAAAUAAUUACAAAAAGCUUUUAUUGGCAAUACUUUAUUUUGUCUUUAACAUUAAAGCUAGUAAAAAAAUGUCGAAGUAAAAGUAUUUUUGUAAUUAUUAUAUAUACUUGAAAUUUUAUUAUUCUUAAACGUAUUACAGCUUCAAAUAUUCUGAAUUUAUCUGUCUCGUGUAGUAAUAGUGUUGAUCACCUCUGAGACGUAGUCACCACACAUUGCGUAUAUUUUCCAAACGUUAAUUUUGAUUAAAUAUUUACAAAAAACCCAGACCAGAUACAGAGUUCUGAAGUAAAUAUGGGUUGUAGCGGCAUGGUUUUUUUUUUGGGGCAAAGAUGGAUCACGUAAAUGCCUUAAAAAAGAUUAAUUAAACAGCCACCGAAUUUUAUUCUUCAUCGGUGAGUGCUUCAAAUAAGAGCUUUUGAACAAAAUAUAACUGAGAACCCCACACAAUUUUUUUUUUUAAUAUUAACGCGGAUUUUAUGACGUAUAGUCAACGAGAGAAACCCUAUAUUCGUUGAAGAUGUUGUGUUUGAAUGAAGAUGUUUAUUUUAUGUCAUGACUUAGCUUAUGAAUGAACCGAUUAGGUGACUUUUUCCAUAUUUAGAUUAUGUAAAUAGUGUAAAUAAUAUCCUCAUAAAUCCAUUUAUACCCACCUUUUAAUUGUGCAGCAAAAUAAACCCUUAAACCGA